GAGGGCUGCCGGGGGUUUGAAUAGGUAGGAGGCGGCGGAACGCCGGCGGCAGCCGGAAGUAGCCGAAGCCAGCGGCGGAAGUAGCCGAAGCGGCCGGAGCGGGCGGGCGGCAAGGCGCGGCGAGAGCUGCACAGGGCCCAGCGCGGCCGCCUCAGCAUGUCGGACUUCGACGAGUUCGAGCGGCAGCUCAACGAAAAUAAACAAGAGCGGGACAAGGAGAACCGGCACAGAAAACGCAGCCACAGCCGCUCUCGAAGCCGGGACCGCAAGCGCCGGAGCCGGAGUCGCGACCGGCGCAACAGGGACCAGCGGAGUGCCUCGCGGGACAGGCGGCGACGAAGCAAACCUUUGACCAGAGGCGCUAAAGAGGAGCACGGUGGAUUGAUUCGUUCCCCCCGCCAUGAGAAGAAGAAGAAGGUCCGUAAAUACUGGGAUGUGCCACCACCUGGCUUUGAACACAUCACCCCCAUGCAGUACAAGGCCAUGCAAGCUGCGGGUCAGAUUCCAGCCACUGCUCUCCUCCCCACCAUGACCCCUGACGGUCUGGCUGUGACCCCGACGCCCGUACCUGUGGUCGGGAGCCAGAUGACCAGGCAGGCCCGGCGCCUCUACGUGGGCAACAUCCCCUUUGGCAUCACUGAGGAGGCCAUGAUGGAUUUCUUCAACGCCCAGAUGCGCCUGGGUGGGCUGACCCAGGCUCCUGGCAACCCGGUCUUGGCUGUGCAGAUUAACCAAGACAAGAAUUUUGCCUUUUUGGAGUUCCGCUCAGUGGACGAGACUACCCAGGCCAUGGCCUUCGAUGGCAUCAUCUUCCAGGGACAGUCCCUGAAGAUCCGCAGGCCUCAUGACUACCAGCCGCUGCCUGGCAUGUCCGAGAACCCUUCUGUCUAUGUGCCUGGAGUUGUGUCCACUGUGGUCCCUGACUCUGCUCACAAGCUCUUCAUUGGGGGCUUACCUAACUACCUGAACGAUGACCAGGUAAAAGAGCUGCUGACAUCAUUUGGGCCUCUCAAGGCCUUCAACCUGGUCAAGGACAGUGCCACGGGGCUUUCCAAGGGCUACGCCUUCUGUGAGUACGUGGACAUCAACGUCACAGAUCAGGCCAUUGCGGGGCUGAACGGGAUGCAGCUGGGGGAUAAGAAGCUGCUCGUCCAGAGGGCAAGUGUGGGAGCCAAGAAUGCCACGCUGGUGAGCCCCCCGAGCACCAUCAAUCAGACACCUGUGACGCUGCAAGUGCCGGGCCUGAUGAGCUCCCAGGUGCAGAUGGGCGGCCACCCGACCGAGGUCCUGUGCCUCAUGAACAUGGUGCUGCCUGAGGAGCUGCUGGACGAUGAGGAAUAUGAGGAAAUCGUAGAGGAUGUGCGCGACGAGUGCAGCAAGUAUGGGCUUGUCAAGUCCAUCGAGAUCCCCCGGCCCGUGGAUGGCGUUGAGGUGCCCGGCUGCGGAAAGAUCUUUGUGGAGUUCACCUCUGUGUUUGACUGCCAGAAAGCCAUGCAGGGCCUGACAGGCCGCAAGUUCGCCAACAGAGUUGUUGUCACAAAGUAUUGUGACCCCGACUCCUACCACCGCCGGGACUUCUGGUAGAGGCGGCCGGGGGGGGGGGGG